AGUCACGCUCGCUUUUCUGCGGCGAGCACCAAGUAAGUUUGAAGUAAGUCGGAAUCCCUACACUGAAUAGAAUUGACAAUUCAAUUGUAUCAGAUGUCCACUAUAGUGCAUACUCUCCGAGUCGUUCCAAAGAUUUCUAUAAAGCCGGGAAGUAAAGUUCUCCCGCCACCGCUCACAAACCAAAAUGAGCGUGCAUUCAAAGAGCCUCUGCUCCGGAUUAUGGCUCGCAGGCAACAAGAAGCGGGUGAUAUAUGGCCACCAAAUUUGCGCAUAGAGCCGCAUGUCACGAAGACAGCUAUUGGCAAAGCGCCGAAGGAGAUCCGCGUUCAGCUGAAGAGAUUGUUGAAGGAACGGUGAACAUGGCAUGGAUGUAUCAUAGAUUUCCUGUUCUGUGAAAAGUUACACUCGUGCACUUCUUCUCUUUGACCUGACACCAAUUCUCCCCAACUAU